AUGCAAACAGAAGGGGACAGUGUGACCAAGGAGCCCGGCGUUCAUACUCAUUCUGGAGAUCCAGUAACUGCCCAGGUACAGCAGGUAGUGAGUACAUUGCACUCAUUUGCCGAAGAUUCGUCGGACAGUGUGAGAAACUGUGUUGCAAAUUCUGUAACUUCUGCUACCUGUGACGUCAUGCAACGGCUGCCAAGUAAAUCGUCAUUGGAACGAUCAGUAAGAAGAAAACGUCAGCGCACCGACAAUGCACGUGAAAUUCCCCACACCAGAAACUUUGAUAUUCCUCCAGAGUAUCAAGAAAUAAUUCUGCAUGAUUCUGGAGUGGAUGAUGUUGACCGCAUAAUCUGCAUGGGUGAUAUCAACAUUGUCACUAAUCUCAGUGGCAACAGUAAGCUUUGGAUGUGCGAUGGUACAUUUGAAACUACACCCAUUUUGUUCUAUCAACUUUAUACCAUACACGCCAAAGUCGGCAGCAACUACCCUCCAUGUAUUUACUUUCUUCUUCCUAACAAAGCCCAAGCCACGUACGAAAGGAUGAUUGACAUACUUCUCUCGGUUAUGCCUGGUCUACAGCCUGAAAAAGUCCUCACAGAUUUUGAAACUGCGGCCAUCAACGCCUUUAGAAAAAAAUUCCCCUCCGCCUCCACCUCCGGCUGUUUUUUUCAUCUCAGUCAGUGCGUCAUACGAAAAAUUGCCAGUGUUGGUCUAAAGGCUAGAUAUGAAAAUGACAGAGACUUUUCAGUGCUCAUGAAGUGUCUACCGGCUUUGGCAUUUGUGCCUGAAGAUGAUGUCAUAACAGUUUUUGAAGAACUUGUCCUUACCCUUCCUCAGGAGCCAGAAGUCGAAGAAGUGGUGGCAUAUUUUGAGUCCAAUUACAUUCGAGGCAUGCAAAUUGGUGGACGUCGAAGGGAUCCCCGUUUCCCUAUCAAACUUUGGAACCACUUCGAGGACGCAGAAGAAUGUGCUCCAAAAACCACAAAUUGUUGUGAAGGGUUCCACAAUGCCCUGAAAUCAGUGUACAUGUGUGCGCACCCAACCAUGUGGAAGUUUCUGAAGGGCAUCGCUCGGGACAUCGCUGUCCAGCGUCUAGUGCACCAGAAUGCGUUAGUACAUCGGCGCGAUGCACCCACUAACAAGUACAUCAAACUCGCGCAGCGACUCGCCACUAAAAUUAAGAUGUAUAGAGCUGAAGUAGAUAAGCUCCUGUAUUUGCGAGCAGUAGCUAAUAUGCAGGUCGUGUAA